UUUUGGUUGUUCAGUUUAAUUUACUCAAACGUGGAGGAAGUAGUAAAUUUCGCUCAAAUGUUUUUAGUUUUAUUAGAAAAUGUCAAGUACUUCAUAUAAACUGUUUUUAGAUUUUAUUAGUUUUUUACCCUCAGAAAAUAGUUGCAUAUCCUCUAUUAGUACGAAGUGUUAAAACAUUAGUGCUGUAAGAGACUUUUAAUUUAAAAACAUCCACCAUGUUAAAAAUGCACUGACAUAUCGGCGCUGUACAGAUUAGGGACAUCGCAUUUAUUAUAUUUGGUCAAGGUCGACGAGUUAAUAAUGAAUGUAGAAACAGCUCGUUAUUUAAUAUUUAGAUCUUUGCGUCCGUGUUAUACAAAUACUAAUUUCUCGUUGAGGAGCCCUUGUCGAGGUCAUCGGGAAAGCACAAGCCAAGCACCAAAACAUGCCAAACAAGCAGAGAGGUCUGGAUUCUGUCCUGCUGCCUCAUCUAAAUAUGAUUGGAUUGGUCCACCAGACCGACUGUCAAACCUCAGGCUGAUCAUAUAUCACAUCCCAGAGAAUGAGACUCCUCUGGAGAGGGAGUUAAGGCAUCUGAGACAGGAAACUGAGGACUGGAACCAUGAGUUCUGGACCAACCAGAACUUCACAUUUAAUAAGGAAAAAGAAGAAUACAUACAAUCACAGCUGUCAGCAAAAGGGUUGUCAGAGAGAGAUGAUGAUGGAAGGAAAAGGACUUUAAGCAGUGAGGAAAUGGCAGUGUUCUACAAACACUUCUUGGACAAAAACAUUACAAGGCAUGCCAAUUACAACAGGGAAUGGUAUCGAAGGAACUUCACCAUUACACUUCUGAUGGCGAGAGUAACACUGCACAACACAUGGAGGACACUUACUGGACAGACAAGGAGAACUGAACGAGAGAAAGGCAAAACUACAUGAAAUGCAAAAAAAAGACUUUGAAUUAAUCACUGCAUUCUGUGUUGUUGUCUCUUUGUGGAAACCAAAGUAGGCUUACUGACGUUUAGACCAAGGAUGACUAGUUAAAAGAUGCUUGACUGGGCAUAUACGGGUAAAUUGCAUUUCAUCAGGAUACAUUUUCCAUUUUUAAUAACAAUUUUUGUAAUGUGGGCCUGACAGGUUUUAAACCUAAUAAUCAACCUAUUCCACUUAUAAUUAGCCUGUUGGCUGUGAAAUUGGAAACGCACUACUUAUCAGCCUUAUCCAUCUGUCUUAUCUAAUGUAAAAAUAAAAAGGUCCUUUAGUCACCCUG